UAAAAUCAAGGAAAUUAAAUGCGAGUUUGAACUUGUAAUGCACAAAGUUCAACUAGCCACUCAUCAUUAUCUUCCUGUCUAUUAUAAUAAUCAAACUAGCGUUUGGUUACAGUUUCGAUGGGAUGAUCAUUCGCGAUGUGGAUUGCAAGCCUUCUACUAGUGAUCUUCCUGUCAGUGGAAUUUGUUUACUGUGAUUUGUCAUGCAAUGACACAUUCUGCGCCUGCGAGAAACACCCAACUGAAAAUGGUAUUAUCGUGGACUGCUCAUUCACCAACGUAACAUAUGUGCCGACGCAGAUACCAGCUGCUAUUACCCUGGUCCUAAAUAUGUCAUCCACAAGACUCGAAGACUUGGUGACUUAUACAAGCACGCCAUUUGAGAACUAUGUGUCACUCAAAGUAUUAGAUCUGUUUAAUACAACAUUGGGAAUAAAGAACGCUACAAUUCAAAACACAACUUUCACAGGACUAAAAAACCUAUUGUAUUUAAAUAUAUCAAACAACGACCAGAUGACAUUGACAACUAACACAAGCGAGAACUUGUUUGGACAUUUAAAAUCACUAAAAGAAUUAAGAAUGUACGCAACAACGGGAGCCCUUCUUGGAAACGGUUACCCUGAGAUGGCCAUAUCGAAGCUUCAAAACAGUUUGGAAGAACUAUGGCUUGAUGGUAUGACAAAUAUUUCAUUUGGUCCUGUGUUUCAAGAAAUGUCAAAGCUUAAUACGGUGCGGAUAUCGGGGGAUAUGGUUCUACCGCCGUGGCGAUACUUGGAGUUUUGUGAAACAGACAUAUUGAGAACGUCAUUUGAAAAUUUGAUUUACGUGACACACUUGUCGGUUUUAAAAUGUGGCGUAAAAGAUAUUGCAGCAGACGCUUUUGUAAACAUGACGCAUUUGGUUUAUCUUGAUUUGUCUGAAAAUUUUGAAUUAGGAUUGAAUGGUCUGACAAAGGCGGCGAGCAGUUUGAACAAAAAAAUGGAAACAAUAAUCAUGAACCACGUUGUAAAUGGUCAGUUUUUGAGCUGUGGCACCAACAUAACCUCAAAAAUCGUAACUCCAUUUAAAAACCUAACAAAUUUGAAAUACCUUUCACUGCAAUAUAAUGCAGUGAAUAACGUUGAAAAGGAAGUAUUCCAACUUUUGCCGUCAGUUGAGGAAAUUAAUAUUUCAAGAAACGAGUUUGAACUUGGAUUUUACAUUUUUUACGUUUACUUCAUGAAAAAUUUAAAGAAGCUCGACGUAUCUUUUAACUUUUUCAAUGAUAAUAUAGGAAUAUGGAGUUCGUUAAGUCCGAAGAAGCAUGUUCGCACCAAUGGCCUUCUCUACAAUCCGCGCACGACAACGACGGAAGCACAUGCGUCCUCACGCAACAAUUUGGCAUAUCUAUCGUCUACUGCAGCUGAACAUGAAACCUUUGCAGACAUGCAGGUGCAUAUGAAUAAUUACAGACAUCAUGUUCCAGUGCCGAACACCUGCCCGACUCCAGAAUAUUUCAUUCCUAGAUGUUCGGUCACUGGUUUUCUCCCACCGAAUAUGGAGGAAAUAGAUAUAAGUUACAGUAAAAUUGGAUACCCUAUUUUUGAAUUAUGUUUUGACCCAAAUAAUAAGUUGAAAACUAUAUCCGCGGCGUGCUCGUUGCUGUUUUGUUGGGAGGGACCAACCCAUGGUUUGGAAAAAGUUGAAAAUAUUGACCUUAGCCUUAAUUUUGCAACACAAGUGAAUGUACAUUUCUUUGAUGGUUUUCCGAAUCUUAAAAGAUUGAAUCUUCAUGGCAACCUCUUGUUCAAUCCGAUUCAAAAGAAUGGUUCGCGCUUAUUUGCAAACAACACACAUUUGAAGGACUUGGAUAUAUCAUUCAAUAGAAUUGAAAGUGUGCAACCUGACCUACUCCAACACCAAAAAGACCUGGAAGUUUUCAAUAUGUCCUUCAAUAUAUUUACAUCUUUUGGUCUGAAUAUCUCGCACUUGAAACACUUGCGAAUGCUCGACAUGAGCAACAACCACAUAUGGACUCUCCCACAGAGUGUAAGAAACGCACUGAAGAAUAUUUCAAUGACAAGCUCUAGGGGCAGGAAUCGGAUGCAAGUGAACAUGACAAACAACCACAUCAAAUGCACAUGUGCUAAUCUUGAUUUUUUAAAAUGGGUUUUAGAGCAUAUGGGUUCAUGUAGCUAUCUGUACGUGAAUAUUUCUGAGUGCAACUUUUUUCACAACGACAACAUGACGAAAGAAGUAAUAAAUUCUAAGAAUGAUCUGGAAGAGAAAAUUAUAUAUCUUGAUAAGCAAUGUAAAUCAUACCUUGAUGUCAUAAUAGUCAGCGCAAUACUUUUGGUUAUUGUAAUUGUAAUAGUUGUCGGCGUGUUAGUUCAUAGGUUCAGAUGGAAAAUAAGCUACUGGUACUAUGUGACUUCUCGAAAAAUAGUCAAACGAGCUGGCUAUACGUCCAUUGACAGCAUUGCUGAAGAGGCGAACAAGUUCCGAUACCAUGUGUACGUGGCAUCCAAUGCAGAGGCCAACACUUUUGUAAGCGAGACCCUAGAGCCCCAUCUCACAAGAGAAGGUUAUAAGUUGUUCCUCCCCGACUAUAUUGUGCCGGGGCAAAACAAGUACAGUUUAAUUGCGAAUGCUAUACAUAUAAGCAGAGCGGCGCUGUUUGUUAUAACCAAAGGGUGCGAAUCUGAAGACGAAUGGAAGAUUGCCCUACAUAUGGCACAGGAGGAGUCUUUGAGACGGGGAAAACCAAUGUUCUUUGGACUUUUCUUGCAGUCCACGCCGGAUUCUGGCUGGUCAAAGGACACGUUGGAAAUCAAAAGGAGGUGCUAUCUGGACUUUCCGGAAAGGGGCGGAAGUCAAGAAAUGAUUGCCUUUUGGAGAGAACUGAUUGACAUUAUUGAAAAAAUAGACGACACACCGAUUGCUGUAAACCAAAGUUUAUUCAACAGAAACACUUCUAUUUGAGAAAGUCCAGCUUGAUGCACACAUAAUUUUCACUGGAGGAACUCAACUUGCUUCGGAGGUUUGGACUUUGAAAUACUGAAGUCACGACGAGAACCAUGUGUAACAAGAAGACAAGAAUAAUCUAUCAAAUCUCGUCCAAGACAAAGUGUAUUAUUAUACAUUCUAUGUAACUCUACUACUAUAAGGAAUUACUUAUACUGGACAAAAAAAAUGCAAACUCAUCCAUACCUUCAACCAUUUCACCAGUUGGAUCCGAAUUGAUUUCAAUUUUCAUAGGCUAAAAUAUUUACAACAAAUAAUGGAAUUUCACAAUUUCUGUAAUGCCUUCUUCAGUUUGAUUUACUUUUGUUAAUACUGUAAACAUCAUUUAUUGAAAUAUAUUACAACAAGGGAGAGGUUUUAAAAUGAGAUGUAACCUAUCUCCUCUAUCCUUAUGAUGACACAGUGGAAACUCGAUAUGUCGAACUCUGUUAUCUCGAUGUUCUGGUUUUGUCAAAGUUUUUCUAAUAUUUUGGGCUCAGUCAUACACUGAUUGUAUUUCUGUUAUAUCGAGUGCUCGUUACCUCGAAGGUAUUAUCGAGGCCCCAACGACUUCGAAAUAGCGAGUUCCUACUGUAUAUGUAUACUUUGUGUUGUUCCAAUGUAUCUUCAUGACAUAAAUAAUGCUUAAACUAAUGUCUUUAAUGUAAAUAUGUGAAUAUAUGCAAAUCAAAAUAA